AUGAAUCACAUCAAAAGAAAUAAACCAAAUGUUUUAAUUACUGGUACACCAGGCACUGGUAAAUCAUCAUUAGCAAGUGUUGUUGCCCAAAAUCACGAAUUUCAACAUUUUGAUAUUAGUACAUUAGUUAAAGAAAAAGAAUUACACGAUGGUUGGGAUUCAGAAUUUCAAUGCUAUUAUUUAGAUGAAGAUAAAGUUUUAGAUUAUUUAGAAGAUACAAUGGUUAAAGGUGGUUGUAUUGUUGAUCAUCAUAGUAGUGAAUGGUUCCCAGAAAGAUGGUUUGAUUUAGUUGUAGUUUUAAGAUCCGAUGUUAAAAUUUUACACGAAAGAUACGAAAAAAGAGGUUAUAUUCCAAUUAAAAUUGAAAAUAAUAUUGAUUGCGAAAUUAUGGAAAUUAUUUUAGAAGAGGCUCGUAACUCAUAUAAAGAAGAAAUUAUUGUUGUUUUACCAUCAAAUACUUUAGAAGAUAAUGAAUCAAAUCAAUCAACCAUUGCUGAUUGGAUCCAAAAUUGGUUAGAAAAAAAUAACUAA